GAAAUUCGAAAACAUGGCGAUUCGACAUGAGAUGGCCGUUGGCCUCAACAAGGGCCACAAGAUGACCAAGAACAGCACCGUCAAGAAAGCAACCAGGAAAGGGAUUAACAAGCAUGCUAAGUUUGUGCGUGACCUGAUUCGUGAGGUGACUGGACUUGCUCCAUACGAGAAGAGGUGCAUGGAGUUCCUCAGGGUGGGCAAGGACAAGAAGGCUCUCAAGUUCUGCAAGAGGAGGUUGGGAACUCUUGGCCGUGGCCGCAGAAAGCGUGAGGAGAUGAACGCCAUCUUAGCCGCCCAGAGGAAGGCCGCCUCUGCUGCUGCACAAGCCGCCUCCGCAGCCGAGAAGGCCAAGUAAACCAACAAUGACUCAUGUGAACAGGAUAUAUGUGGACUCUGUAUAUAUCCUAGGACCUGUUUUAUUCCCAUCAUGGGCCAAUAUGGAAGAACUUCUAGUUAGUCCUUGUAAAUGUGCGGUUUUACGAGAGCUGCAUGGGGUCUUCAUAUUCUUCAAGCUCCGAUAGUUGACAGAGGGGUAUGAUGUCAUUUUGCAAACUGAUUGGUAGAUCUUCAGGUAUUGAUGUGAUCAUUUUGUGAAUAAAAGAGAGCGGGAUAUUAACAGAGAAA